UACUGAUGGAAUGAGUGCUGUGGAAUGUACAUAAUACUGGAUUUAAGGAAGUGUUAAGCCUACCAACAAACGGCAUCAACAAAUAAAAAUGGAAGCGGAUCAGGAAACUUGCAAUGCCCCCUAUAAUAAUUUGAUAAUUUGAGUUGAAACAGACGACGCAGACGGGAUCAUCAUCGGAAGUGUUGGAAUACUUUCAGUCGGUCUGGUAGUCUAAGAAGGUAUGGACUCACUCACACUGCAGAGGAACUACCACUGUGAACAAUGUGGCAGCACUUUCAGCCAACUAAAUGCAUACGAAUUACACGUGCAUACCCACACUAUAGAAACACCGUACUGCUGCGACAAGUGUGGGAGACAUUUCAGCAACCGGAGUUCAUACAGAAAACACCUGUUUAACCAUACUGGACCAUACCAAUGUGACCAAUGUGAAAAGAGUUUCAGUUACUUGUGUCAUUACAAGAGGCACCUGCGGGUCCACACCGGAGAGAAACCAUACCAGUGUGACCAAUGCGAAAAGAGAUUCAGUUUGUUAAGUAGUUACAAGGACCACCAACGUGUGCACACCGGAGAGAAGCCGUACCAGUGUGAUCAGUGUGAAAAGGGUUUCAGUCGCUUAAGUAAUUACAAGACACACCAGCGUGUCCACACUGGAGAGAAGCCACACCGGUGUGAACAAUGUGGAAAGAGUUUCCGUUUCUUAAGUGAUUAUAAGAGACACCUGCGUAUCCACACUGGAGAGAAGCCUUACCGCUGUGAACAAUGUGGGAAGAGUUUCAGUAGCGCAAGUCACUACAAGAGACACCUGUUUGUCCACUCUGGAGAGAAGCCAUACCAGUGUGACCACUGUGGAAAACAAUUUACAGAGUCCAAUGAUUAUAACAGACACCUGCGUACCCACACUGGUGAGAAACCAUAUCCGUGUGAACAAUGUGAAAAGAGAUACUCUCAUUUAAGCAGUUACAAUCAACACCUGCGGUGCCACACUGGAGAGAAACCAUACUGGUGUUCUCAAUGUAAAAGAUUAUUUGCUUGGCCAAAAUCCUUGAAGGUACAUCGUUGUGUUGAUGUAGAUGAAAAGAGUUUUGACUGAGUUUAGGAGUGAAAGACAGACUCCCGUUGUGGAUACAGAUUACCUACCUAAGCAUGAGGGAUUCACAGGAAACUCCAGGGAAACUUUAUGCAGACGACAGGCUAACAAGGUCACCUACUUCAUUGUGCCCGGCUGUUGCAUGGAAAACUACUUGAACUCUGUGCAGCAGGAAAUCAGAAUGUUGCUGCAGUUAUUAUUAGAAAUUAUUACUGGCUGAUACUCAGAUAAGGGGUGAUAUAUUCUAAUGAGCCUGCAUGUCACAUAGGAAGGAGAGCCAAAUUGGAAGGGCUUGUUCCCAUGUUUUCUGACUGAGGCUGCCCACAAAAAACUGACUGGAAUGUUUUAUUAAACAGUUUGUGGGUUGGUUAGGCACUCCAUCAUACCUAAAUGUACAGUAUGUGCACAAACACUAAGGAUUACAUUUGAAUUGUUCAAUAUCUGAGAUAUUUUUUCAAAAGAUAAAAAUGAGAAUAUAACUAUUUCUGUUUUCAAAAUGUUGUUAAACUGCCCUUCUUUCCUUUUUGUAAAAUUAAAUUUCCCCAAAACCUCUAUUAAGAUGUUUAUUUCUUCAGGAGGAGGUGGUAUGUGAGAACAGUGAACAUCUCAAGGCGGAAUGUGGGGAAGUCACCAUGCUUGUUUGCCU